GACACAAAAUGCUGGAGUAACUCAGCGGGUCAGGCAGCAUCUCUGGGGAAAAGGAAUCCGUGAUGUUUUGGGUUGAGACCCUUCUUCACACUGAGAGUCAUGGGAGAGGGAAACUAGCCACAACCUUGAAAACAUCCUGGUCCUCAACCCAGUGGGAAACAACUGAUCCUUUUGGGCGAUAUUAAUACCUGCAUACAUUCCCUACUACUUCCUUGCUCUCUGGCAACUCGAAUGAGGUCUGCCUCUGGACCCCAUCAGACAAUAGUUGUAUGUCCUCAUGAUAAUACUCCUAGUCUGAUUGAAGGACAAGAUUGUCUGCAUUACCUGUGCCAUGACUGGUGCCAAUUGUAGAUCAGUCACUAUAUUCCUAAUCCAUGUCAGGUAUUCGUACAGACUAUUCCUGGAGUUUGUUAUCUGGAGCAUGCGCGCCAUCUGGAGGCAGUUCAGACAGGGAGUGGACAAGAGGAAUGUGGAGGCUUUCUGAAUAGUCUGUUGCCUCGUGGUUAUUAAAACAUAAUGAAGUUAAACUACUUGUCGUUAUUCACACAAUUUCAGACGUGGUGUCAGAAGUGGGAAACGGACCCACAUCUUUUGUAUAAACUUUGCUAUAAUCAAAUGUAUGUAUAUCUGCUUUUGUUUCAUGGGGCAUGAACUAAAGAAAGAGGAUGUAGAUCAGGCACAAUAUUCCUAAUCCAUGUUGGGUAUUCGUACAGACUGUUCCUGGAGAUUGGUAUCUAACGCAUGCGUUCCAUCCAGGGACAGUUCAGACAGGGAGAGGACAAGAGAAAAGUGAGGGCUUUGUCAAUAAUCUGUGCCUCGAGGUUAUUAAAACUUAUAAUGAAGUUGGAUUGGAUUGGUUUGGAUUCAAUUUUAAGUUAAGUUAAAUUACUUGUUGUUAUUCACACAAUUUCAUACACCAACCACUGCUGGACUGAUCCGCUCUAUUAUCUUCAUCAAUCUGGUGCCAAAAUAACAGCAUUGUUACUCGAGGAUUGAUGUCAACGUUCUCAAUGACCAUGCACACCAAUAUAAAUUAAUGUACUUAAAUUAAAGUGAAUGAAUUAAUAUUGCUCUUUAACUAGGCUUCAGAACACUGUUUUUAGAAGGGUCCCGAUCCAAAAUGUCACCUAUCCAUCUUCUCCAGGGUUGCUGACUGACCUGCAGAGUUACUCCAGCACUUUGUGCCUUUUUUUAAAAUCGUAUUUCUUUUGUCCAUUUACGGUUUUCUAAUCAACGUUUGCCUUUUUUGGCUGAAUUUGGUUUUUAGCAGUGGCCGCUUUUAAAAGUCGAUAGAAUCCGAACAGUACAAAUAAUAAGUUUCUUUGUGAGGCCUCCCCACCCAACAAUGGGGGUUGGAGUGCACCUGAGUUUAAUGUUCUUUCUCCUGCUGCCUGUUACUCAAUACAAAUUCUCUCCAUAGGCAUAUAGCAUUGAUAUCCUCCAAAUGUGGAGAUGUGUGGAUAUUUUGUCAUUAUUUUUGUAUGUCUUCUGAUUUCCCUCAGAAGGAUAAAAGGUUAGUUAAACUGUUAUCUAAUCUAUAUCUAUAAAGAAACAGAUUUGUUCAUCUGUGAAAUAAAUAGUAACUGUAAACCAGCACUAAUUGAAAAAGUAUUAAAAAGGGUAUCCCUAUUUCACAUGGUUAAGCUUUCAUCCUGUUUUUCUCCCCAUUCUCUCCCUUUCUUUUUGUUUUACAUGUAUUUUAUCCUUAUGUCUUUCCUUCUCCGUUGCAAAGGAGAUUCUCCGUGUUCUUCUCGUUUGCUUUGUCGGCUUAACAAAAGUGACCAAACAGAUGAUCAAAAGAAUGCUAAAACCUUAAGUGACCAGUUUCCACAGUUCACAAAUUCACUCAAAGGAACUUCUGAAAUCAUGGACCCUAGUCAUCGAGUCUUGGGAAGAGAAGGGGAGACAGUUGAAGUUUUCAUUCCUUUGAAAGGCUCUCCCGUUGCUAUUUAUUGUCUGACCCCAGAACUGAGUCGGAAAACCAUCAGCAAUCCUAUGACCCACUGGUGGAGAGAGGGGAAGUCCCAGGCACAUGUCAUAGGAGAGGGCGAUCAGUACAGAGUACGGCUCGAUGGGAGUCUGAUGUUGCUAAACUGGGAAACUUCGCAGGCCACUGGUUUCUAUUAUUGCACCAUGAAACACAUCAGAGGCCAGAAAGAAUACAGCCUCACACUCCAGUUUUGUUUAGUAGCCUACCACAUACCAUUUCGAAGUCUCCAAGUUAAUGUGCAGUUAAAAACCACAACUUGUGAAAAGCAUUUUGUGGAGAAUUCUGUCAAAUUUCUGGAAUCAGUGUUGAGCUCUAUGUGUCGGCAGCUUUCCUGUGUGAUAACAAGCACGACCUUUAAUUGCACACAAUGGGGAACAUUGGCAGGCACAGUGGAACAUCACAUUCAGCUCAAAAUCCCAGUGCAGUCACAAGGUGAAGAUAUAAUUAUGCCUUGCAAAACUGGCCAAGAGUGCCACAAUGAAGAGACUUUAAGGAAGGCCUUCCAGAAAAUACAUACAUUUUUAACCCAGUCUAAGUUUGUCCUGGACACCUCUAACGAUGUGCCUCCUCUCUACUAUGUGGAGGGAUCUUUUAAGGCAAUGAAGGUGGAUCACUGCCUAGCAGGGAUGGGGAAGUUACUUGGGAGGAAUAGACCCUGCGUGGAUUGCUGUGCUCCAAAGGACGAAAGGCACAAUUCCACUCAUUUCAUGAUAACUAUUGUUGUGUGCAGUCUGGCAUUCUUGGGAACCACUGCUCUAACAAUAUACUGCCUGGUGACAUUCCUAUGCAAGGAUAAGGAUGCCACUGCCAAUCAGCCUGCACUUAGAGUGAAGGAGACGGAAAAUGCAAACCUGAAAAACAUCAGAUCUUCCACACACCACAUGCCAAUGAAAGCAGAUCAGAACAGGGGAACGUGGUUCAAAUAACAAAGAAUAAAAGCAGCAUUAAUUGAGAGCAACAUGAACAGAAGGCGAGCAGCUGACCUCGGAGAGAUAAAAAAAACUGCAGGAGAACACAGCUGGGACAAAGCAGGAAAACAAAGAACAAGAAUUUACAAGGGAUACAAUGGCGAGUGUUCAGGAGGUGGAGCUAGCAGAGAGCAACAAAAUGAAAGAAGCUCUUCUGCGCGCGAGUGUGUGCGUGCGUGUGCGUGUGUGUGUGUCUCCGUCCGUCCUUUGUAUAUUUCUGUUGCCAUAUGGUUGCAUGGAUAUGGCCAUAUUGUUCUGUCAAUGUUUGUGUGGCUGUAUUGAGAGCAUUUGUGUGCUUGGUCUCUCCCCAUCUGUGUGUGAUUCUCUGUAACUCUGAUAUAUAUGUGUCUAUGUGUCACUCUGUAUAUAUAUAUAUAUAUAUGUCCGUGAAUGGGUAUGUGUGCAUGUUUGGGACUAAAUGUACAAAUUUGUGGAAACUUCUGAGUGGGCUUGGGAGUAUUUUUUACUAUUUGCCUUUGUUCAGUUAAGAAUUGAGAGGGGUAAGCAAUGAGUCCUGUUAGAUAUUCUCCUCUAAUGUGGAUAAUUCCAGGAGCUCAGAGAGAGAGAGAGAGAGGAAAAUAAAUUGAAACUUAUACAAAGAAUGGUUUGGAAAUUCUGCUUUUUAAUUUCAAGCCAAACCUUUUUCCUGGAGUGGAAAUGUCCAACACUAGAGGGCGUAGCUACAAGGUGUGAGGGAGAAGGUUCCAAUGGUGAUGUGUCGGGCAAGAGUGGUGGGGGCCUGGAAUACAUUGUCGGGAGUGGUGGUGGUGGUGGCAGAUAUAGUCAUAGAGUGAUACAGUGUGGAAACAGGCCCUUCGGACCAACUUGCCCACAAUGGCCAACAAUGUCCCAGCUACACCAGUCCCACCUGCCUGCGCCUGGUCCAUAUCCCUCCAAACCUAUCCUAUCCAUGUACCUGUCCAACUGCUUCUUAAACAAUGGGAUGGUCCCAGCCUCAACUACCUCCUCUGGUAGUUCUGUUCAUGGUUUCCCCUCAGAUUCCUAUUAAAUCUUUUCCCCUUCACCGUCAACCUAUGUCCUUUGGUUCUCGAUUCCCCUACUCUGGGCAAGAGGCAUCUGUGCAUCUAGCAAGAGACUCUGACUAUGGGAACCGACCUGCCAGCUCCGACCAGACCUGAAUUCCAGAGCCCCGGUCUCUGGCAUCAAAUUCGACCCAC